ACAGAUAAAUAAGAGAAAACAACUCACAACGAUCAAGAGCAAGACAAAGGACUCAGAUCUAGGCCGGUCAUGACGGCGGCAAGAAGACCAUUUCUCAAGAUAGCCUGCGAGGAGUGGGUGCCAUGGACCAAGCUGGUGCGGGCACAGGACGGGACACUCAGCAUCGAGGGGCCCAUGAGGAACCUCCUGGACGUAUUCUCCAUAUCGCUGCGAUUCGACUACGAGCUCACGCAGUCCCCAGAGAAGGUGUGGGGCGGCCCGGACGAAAAAGGCAACUGGAACGGCAUGCUGGGAAUGCUGCAGCGGGAGGAGGUGGAGUUCGCGGUGGGCCCCUUCACGGUCACGCCGCAACGCGAGACCGUGAGUGACCUGUCAUACCCGCUGUCCGGCGCCGCCAAGGCCAUCCUGAUGACGCGCCCGAAGUUGGACACCGACAUGGCUGGCUUUGUCAAGGUCUUCCGUUUCGAGAUCUGGCUCCUGUUACUGAUGUCCAUCAUAGUGAUGAUCAUCGUCACAACACUGGUGGUGCGCGCCGAGAACAGUCUGCUUGGCGGCAAAAUGAGGAACGUGGGCGCCAGAGUUUCUAUGUGGGCUCUGAAGACACUCACGCAGGAGGGCUCCGAGUGGCUGCCGAAGCAUACCUCCGGUCGUGUGCUGGUCACCACAUGGAUGCUGGCGUCCCUGGUGUUCAUGUCCUCCUUCAGCGGCAUCCUGACCGCCAUGCUCACCCUGCCCCGCGUCAACAUUCCUAUUGACUCAAUCUACGACUUGGUAGCCCAGGACAAGAUUCCCUGGAGGCUGGAGGCGGGCUCCUCCAUGUUCCAGUACUUCAAGGAGGCUACGGACGGCGUGCGUCGGAAGGUCUUCUUGGGGAGGUCGGGAACCUUCCAGGACUGCUGGGCGGCGAGGCAAGAAAUAGCCAACGGGGAAUUCGCGGCAAUCUGCGACAUCAUCACCAUGAAGAAGGCCAUGGCGUGGGACUACAGUACCACCGGGGACUGCCACCUGUACAUCGCUAGGGAGAUGGUCUACUCCAGCGCCUGGGUGGCCGUCGCCUUCAAGAGGAAUUCGUCUUACUUCGAACGAGCCAAUGACGUCAUCCGCGCGUUGAUAGAGGCGGGCCUGGUGGACCAGUGGCUGCGGGAGGUCAUCGCCGUCACCCCGCAGUGCCUCCAGCCUCCCACGGCGGACCACACCGGUGGUGUCUCCCCGAUCGACCUCAAGUCCUUCACCGGCCCCUUGCUGGUGCUGGUGGCAGGUGAGGUGCUCGCCGCGUUUGUCUUCGGCGUGGAGGUGUUGACGAGGGCGCGCUGUGCUCCCAGACCUUAACACCGUUGACCUGGCUGUACCUUGCGUGGGUUUGCUGCCCGUGGCCACGCUGCCGGCAAGACAAGUCCCGCAGCGCCCACCACUCGCCUCAGAUUGCUCAUUGCCUUCUGUCAACUCAAUAACCUUCGUCACUCAUUAACGAAGAACAUUAACUGUGCAUUAGAAACCUUAUUUUUUCUCUCAUUCGUUACCAUUAAAGAUGAAAUAUGA